AACAAACAAACGAGUUUAUUUAUGAUAACGCUAGCAUCGCAGCUCUGCGGCUUCGUUUUCUAAGAUUGAUUUGAUUCCGGUUUACCCGAUCCUACACUUUAACGGACAUCCGUGAAACACCAGAUGACAUUUCCUCCUCCUGCUUCCUUGGAUUGAGCUCAGCACAGGAUGGAGCCCUCCACCAAACCUGGGCCCAACCAGGUUGCUGAUGUGGUGUUCGUCAUCGAAGGAACGGCCAACCUGGGACCGUACUUCGAGUCUUUAAGAAAAAACUACAUUCUUCCAGCCAUUGAAUAUUUCAACGGAGGCCCUCCUGCAGAAACAGAUUUCGGAGGAGAUUAUGGAGGGACGCAGUACGGUCUGGUGGUGUUCAACACGGUCGACUGCGCGCCGGAGUCGUACGUCCAGUGUCACGCACCAACCAGCUCUGCUUUCGAGUUUGUGUCGUGGAUCGACAGCAUCCAGUUCAUGGGAGGCGGAGCUGAAAGCUGCAGUCUGAUCGCAGAGGGACUCUCUGUGGCCCUGCAGCUUUUUGACGACUUUAAAAAGAUGAGAGAACAAAUAGGUCAAACGCAUAAGGUGUGUGUGCUGCUGUGUAACUCCCCUCCAUAUCUGCUUCCCGCUGUGGAAAGCGUCAGCUACACUGGCUUCACAGCGGAUAACUUGGUCAAAAUCAUCAGAGACAGAGGGAUUCACUUCUCUGUUGUCGCUCCGCGGAAGCUUCCAGCUCUCCGGGCUUUGUUCGAAUGGGCGUCUCCGGUGACCGGCGCCGUGGAACCGCAUCCGGACUACAGCCAGGACCCGUUCCACAUGGUGCUGGUCAGAGGAAUCUCUCUGCCCGUUUCCGCAGGCGGAGGACCACCACACAAACCAGUCCUCCCUCCUCAGCCGCUGCCUGGCAGCCAGUCUGUUGUCGGACCCUCGCAGGCCCCCCCGCCCAUCAACCCCGCGCACAGUUAUCAGAAUCAGCCUCCGUUGACUCCUGCUCAGGUGGCUGCACAGAUGGCCGUGGAUGCAGCCAAUAACCAGAAGAAUCGCUUCACAGGAAUCGGCGCUGGGCAAUUCCAGAAUCAGCCCAUUUCUUCGGUUCCCGGGUCAAAGCACGGGCAGUCCAGCCUACCGACGGUUACCACAGUGACCCAGUCGAUGAUGCCCCAGCAGGUUCCCCCCAACCCGCAGCAAACCGUCCCGCCCCCGGGCCAGCUGGUGGCCAGUCAGCAGGUCCAGCCGCAGCCCACGCCCAACCAGCCCACAGCGCCGUCAGCGCAGCCCAACAUCGCCGGCGUUCCCGGAGGUCAAGUUAAUGCAAACCCAAUGGGUCAGCCUCAAGGCGUGGCGAAUAAGGUUGUGGCCUGGACCGGCGUUCUGGAGUGGCAAGAGAAGCCCAAAGCCUCGUCUAUGGAUUCAACCAAACUGACGCGUUCCCUGCCGUGUCAAGUUUACGUCAACCAAGGAGAAAACCUCAACACGGACCAGUGGCCACAGAAGCUCAUCAUGCAACUGAUCCCACAGCAGUUACUGACGACUUUAGGGCACCUGUUCAGAAACUCUCGAAUGGUUCAGUUUCUCUUCACCAGCAAAGACAUGGAUUCCUUGAGGGGGCUUUAUCGCAUCAUGGCUAAUGGCUUUGCAGGAUGUGUGCAUUUCCCCCACACGACUUCGCCGUGUGAAGUGCGGGUGCUGAUGCUGCUCUACUCCUCCAAGAAGAAGAUCUUCAUGGGCCUCAUCCCCAACGACCAGAGCGGCUUCGUCAACGGCAUCCGGCAGGUCAUCACCAACCACAAGCAGGUCCAGCAGCACAGAGCGCAGUUAGGUGGAGCUGGGGUUCCAAUGCAGUCCAAUCAAGUCCCGACCAACCAGAACUUUCUGAACCGGGCGCCCGGCCCCAUCCCGGUUUCCCACAGCAACGUCCAGCAGCAGUCUGUGGUGGUGGGCAUGCCCCCCGUUAGUCAGGUCUCCAUUAUGGAGGAGCAGCAAAGGCCCAGCAGCAUGAUGACGAUGAGAGCAACAGGACCAACCAAUCAGCAGCCUCCGGUCAGCGGAGCUCCACCCAAUCAGGUCGCUCAGGGCGGACAGACCCAGCCACAGGGAUCGAUUCUCCGCCUCCCGAAUCCAGGAGCCAAUCCGCAGCUCCGGAGUCUCCUGCUCAGCCAGCAACAGCCGCAGGGUGCGGUGUCUCACAUGCCGAACAUGAUGUCCCACCAAGCGAUGGGGCAGCAGAUGGUGCAUCCGACACCAGGAGCAGGACCUCAAAUACAAAACCAGUGGAGGCAGCCAAUGACAGGUCAGAUGCUGAUGUCUGGAGGGCAGCGGGGGCCCAUACCCCAACCUGGGAUGCCCCAGGUCCCCAGCAUCACAGACGAGGACGUCAUCAGGGACCUUCUCUGAGGGUCCGGAACCAAAAUUGACUUUUGAAUCUUGAUUUUUUAUUAUUUUUUUAGUUUAAUCUUUCCAAUUUGGAGUUAUAAUUCUGCAUUUCCUUUUUUUUUUUUUUUUUUGUCUUCUCUAAAUGUUCAAUUUAAUUAAACAAGCCACAUGUUGUUGCUUUUUUUAGCCCUGCUGAGCUGCCAGAGUUAAUUGGGGGCAGAAAAAUUAGGAUUUUUUUUUUUACGGAAACAGUGAAACAGGGAGGAAACUAAUCCUUCAUUUUUCACACCAGACAUUUUCUUUCUCUCUCUGUUUUUUAAAUAAUCAAGUCAAGUCUUUGCAGAAGAAAUAAAAUUGAGUAUAAAAAAAACUCUUGAGCUUUUGGGUUGCAUACAUACAAACAACCGAAGCUUCUGUGUUGCAGCAGCUUGGACUCGAAAGGUGAAGCUGAAAUGGAUCCACUAAUAGAUAGUUUGGUGUCUUUUCCUGCCAAAUAGUGUCACAGUGUUAAUUUUAACUACUCCAAUAUGUCGAGAAACCAUCGCGGGCCUCGCUGUGCCAAGUAGUCCUACCAGAUGGCGGGAGUUGGCCACGUUUCCACUGGCAUCGUGUGCAAUCAGGCUGCGCGCAUGCGCACAGCGGGCGCCGUCAGUCUAUACGCCCGCUGCGCGCGAGCUCCUCUGAAUGCAUUUUAUGGGAUUCAAGAAGGAACGAAAUCCUGAAAGCAGAGCAAAGGCCGGAGGAACACGCGCCGCACGUCGCUGCUUCCAACAGGAAGUGACGUCAGGCUGCGUGUCACCUGGGAAACGCGGUUGCUAAGAGACAGUGACAGUGGGCUCUUGUUUUUGAGUCUCUCUCCGGGUUUCCAGUCCCGUUUUUUUAUCUCUUUUUUUUCACACGGACUCACAGACAGACAGUAGUCCCUCAGAGGCUGGAGCUCAUCCCUUCAUCACCCGGCGGCCCUCCGGAGCUCCGGCGGAGCCUCGCUUCUUCACCCAUCCAUCAGCUUCCACCCGCUAUCCAGCUAUUACCGCCUUUUCAGUGUCUCUGUUAGCAGUAGCUUGUUUUUAUAAUCGGUUGUUUCUGUCAAAUAAGAACAAUUUGGCUCUUAAAUGGAAUUAAAAAUACAAAUAAUUCCUUUUUAAAAUAAGCUUUUACUGCCAAAGUUUUAAUGUACAGAUUUUAUUUUGUAUUAUUUAUAGUUUUUUGUUAAGACUCUUAUUUUGAAGGUUUAAGGUAGGAAGUAGAUGUAGAAGCGUCUGGUUACCAGGUUACCAGAGACGCUUGCGAUAUAACAGCAUCGCGUUGGCAAGCAGAUGAAGAAACAUGAUUUAAGUGUAAGAAUUUACUGAAUGACCUCAUUUCUACCUCAAAAGGAAGGGUUAGCCAGCGAGGUAUGUUUAUAUGUUUUAUGUUAUUUUUAUAUCGAUAUUGUAUUCUUGACACCAUCUCACUAAGUUUACGUUGUGUUUUAGUUCGACGGUGGUGUUGGUGUCAGGGAAACUGAAGCUGUGAUAAGAACGUCUUUAAAGAGUUUCAUUAAAGCUGACUUCACACCAGCAGUGCGACGAACUCUUAAUUGCCAUAAAAGAAGAAGAGGUGGAAGUGAUAGUCGAACUCGGAGCUGCACGAUUUUCCCAUCGUCGCAUCGAUGACCGGUCAGUUGCAAAUGUUAACGGGCACGAAGAUUGGACAGUUGACAAUAUUAACGGGCAUCAAGAUCGGUCAGUUGCAAAUGUUAACGGACACACGUUCAACGGUUGCUUCUUCAUAAAGACGUCCAGAAGCCAGACAUUUAAGUUCAUGUUUGGAAAGUGACACAAGGAAGGAGUAACAACAAGGAACCGUGUGAAGCCUGACAACAAGAGCGCAACAAAGUAACGAGAAGGGAAGUAAUGCAACGAAGCUCAGAGUUAAUCUAAGUUAAAUUAAAAGGAAAUUUUGACCAAUUAAGAAGUCCAUAAGAUUUCAAGUAAAGUAAAAUGUUGGAAACAAAUGAAACAGAAAUAGAAGUUGCCAGUGCAGAACAAGCUGCCGAAGCAGAGCAAGUAGAUGGAACCUCUUUAGAGCAACCUGGGCAAGAAGAACUACGUAGAAGUGAAAGAUCUCGCAUGUUAACGGAAAAAGGAAAAGAAUUUCAUAAAGAAAAACUAAAGGGGCUGCAGCGUCACUUUGAAAGUACC